CCUAAACUAACCCUACAAAACUAACCAUCACAAUGACAAGUCCAUUCACAUCAACAACACCACCAAGAAUCAAAAACACAAAGGGCCUCCACCUCCUAACAGCCAGCACCCCCAACGGCAAAAAAGUCCAAAUCCUCCUCGAAGAACUCUCCGCAAAAUACGGCUUACAAUGGACCACAACCCUAAUCGACCUCGAGACCGACGAGCAGAAGCAGCCGUGGUUUCUCGCGCUGAAUCCUAACGGGAAAUUAGGCAAAAUCCCCCUCUUAAUCGACAACUCCCCAAGCCUAUCAUCCCCAUUAACGGUAAUGGAAUCCUCCCCGCUAUACUCCUUCUACCUCAUCGAAACAUACGACCCAGACCACCACUUCCACUUCUCCUCCUCACCGAUUUACAAAUCCCAACUCUUCCAGUGGUUAUUCUUCUGGUCUGCGUCGGGGCAGCCGCAGCAGGCGGGGUUGAAUCAUCUCAAGAGGUUCGCGGGGGUGGUGGAUUCUUAUGCCAUCGAGAACUUCAAAGCCGAGACGCUUCGGAUAUACAACGUGCUGGAAUUGCAUCUAUCAAAUAGUUUGGCUGGUGAUGGUGUUGAAGCGAGGGAGUACUUGGUGGGCGAGGGACGAGGGAAGUAUAGUAUUGCUGAUAUCAAUGCGUAUACGUGGAUAAGGGCGUGGAAGAGGAUGACGAUUACGGAGGAGGAGAUGGGUAGGUUUCCGCUGCUGAGGAGGUGGGUUGAGAGGAUUGAGGGGAGGCCCGCGGUGGGGAGGGGGGUGGGGGAGGGAGAAAGGAGUACAGGAUAG